AUGUUACAACGACGAGAAGCUUGUCUUCAUGCUCGAUUAAUGACAUCAAAACCAUUUUUUAGCAAAACAGCCGACCAGAUCGCCUCGCUGAAUGCUGAUGAUAUCAAGCAAGUACUAAAUGGUUUUGAAAAGAAUAAAAUUAAUACAUCAAGUCGUAGUCCGCAAGUUAAUGCACUUUUGAGUCAAGUUAAAGCAGUCGGAGGAAAAGUAAUGGGUUCAGCACAGUCUCGAUCAGCGCUACGCAACCAAAUUCACGGUUUAAUUUUUAACCAAGGCGUGCCAAGCAUCUUCCUUACCAUCAAUCCUGCAGAUAUUAACAGUCGUGUAGCUCUUUAA